AUGCAAGUGCCGGUUCUCGGCUGCACUUUCCUCACGCUGUCAGAUCGUGAGGAAAGUACUGCCGAGAACCGGCAGUUGUCAGAGCGGGGAUCGGCACCAAUCAUCAGGGCACUGAUGAUCAGUGCCCUGAUGAUCGGUGCCCAGCAGUGCCACCCGCAAGUUCCGCCCACCUGUGCCCAGCAAUCACCCACCUGUGCCCAGCAGUGCACCCACCUGUGCCCAGCAGUGCACCCACCUGUGCCACUCUGCAGUGUCACACACCUCUGCCCAGAAGUGCCACCUACCUGUGCCCAGCAGUGCCACCCACCUGUGCCCACCCACCUGUGCCCACCAGUGCACCCA